GGCCGCCGCUCUGGAGUUCGAAAAGGCUUUUUCCUCUAGGAAGGAAAGAAGGUGGGCAGAAAGGAUAUUUGUAAUCACCAGCCUGACAAGGAACUCACAAAUAAGGCCAGCGAUACUGCAGAGAGUGACAGUGAAACUGAAGCACCCAGGUGGCCUCUAUGGAGGGGGACAGGCUCCCUCUACCCCCUAGUUCGGAGGAGCACUCGCAGCGGAGCAGCAUCUCUUCCACGGGACCCCGAACUCUGGAUGUCGUGGUGUACCUGAUCAAUGACACAGAGGUGCGGCUGACAGUGGACAACCUGCCUUCGGCCACUGCCCUUGAGUUACAUCGUCUUGUCCGGGAUGCCCUGAGGCUGCCAGAAUGUGCCCUGGAGGUCUUUUCUUUGUGGCUGGUCUCCCCUUUGCUAGAGGUGCAGCUGAAACCCAAGCACCAGCCCUACAAGGUUUGCCAUCAGUGGCACGAGCUCCUCUUCCGAUUCACCAGCGGCUCUGAGCACGAUAUCUGUGAAGAUGAGCCAUCUCUGCAGUUGCGAAGGAACGUCUUUUUCCCAAAGAGAAAGGAGCUGCAGAUCCAGGAUGAGGGCGUGUUGCAGCUCUUGUACGAGGAGGCCAAAUACAACAUCCUGGAAGGGAGGUACCCCUGCGACCCGGCAGACUGCGAGAUGCUGGGAGCCUUGGUCUGCCGGCUGAGCUUGGGCCCCUGUGACCCGGACCGGCACACGGCCUGUUUCCUGAAGGAGAAGUUGGAUUCCUUCCUGCCAUCCCAUCUCUGCCGAAGAGGACAUGGUCUCUUUUCAGCCCUGUGGAAACGUGGGGCCCAGCCACCUGCCUAUGAGCAGGGCCUGCUACAUGCCUACCAGAUGGUGCCCGAAGACAGGGCCUGUGAGGAAAAUGCUGCCCUGCAGAGACAUUACCAUGCCUACCUGCAGAAGUGCCAUGAACUGCCUUACUACGGCUGCUCUUUUUUCUCUGGGGAAAUCGACAAGCCAGUUCAGGGCAUCUUGCAUCGAGGAGGGCGCAAAGCUGUCUCAGUCGCCAUCAGCCUGGAAGGAGUGUAUAUCAUCGACAGCAAGGAGAAGCAUGUCUUGCUUGGCCUGCACUUCCAGGAACUGUCCUGGGAUCACACCUUCCCCAGCGAGGAGGAGCACAUCCUGUGGCUGGAGUUCGACGGCGAGAAUGAAGGCACGGCUGUCAACAAGCUGCUGAAGGUCUACUCCAAGCAGGCAGAACUCAUGAGUGGCCUGAUCGAGUAUUGCAUAGAGCUGAACGCAGCUGCUGAGGGGGCCACUCAAGACCUGGCUGGCAGUCCGGCUUCUCCUUCCGAGCCCCAGAGCCCCCCUACUCGCAGGCAGCACCCCAAGCUGCAGCGGCAGAACAGUGUGCUCUGCAGCCGGAUCCAGCACCUUUCCACCAUAGACUACAUUGAUGAUGGGAAAGAAAUCCGGAGGGUGAAGCCCCGGCGGACUGCCUCCUUCUUUGGCCGCCAGCUGUCCAGUGCCCCUGCCUCCUAUUCCGCUGUGCGGGGCUCUGAGAAUCUGGAGCAGGGCUGACAGCCUUUGGGCACUGGGUGUUUGAAGGGAUGGCUCUACUUUGUGGGGCUGAGAUACCAACCUGCUGACUCUCUUCUUGGGUCAGAGGCAGUCUGUAAUACCCUCUUCUUCCCUCUCACCCUGCCCCAAUUAUACAUUUUAUGUAUGCUAAAUUAUUUUGUCCAGUCUGAGUUGUGCUCUGUGUGGAGUCAGAGCAGAGUUACUCAAAACAGGCAUUGGCCUCCCUUUUGGGACUUUUGACUGUUUCUGACUUGGUUCCUUGCACGCAAUGAAGGGGCUCUGGAAGUCCAGGCUGCCACGAGCCAUGAAGAGCCUUACCCUCCUCUGUCUUUGACUAAGGAUUCCGUGCCGAGUCCCUUCUCUGUAAUUUAUUUUGGGUUCACGUUGCUGCUUUUUCCGUUUCAGUGGUCCGGCCCCAAACGCUGCCUCAUUUCUAUCCCUGUCUUGUAGCAAGCUCUUCUUUUUGGAGGGGGAAAGGUUCAGAUGGGCCUGUCAGGGCAUCUGAAGUCGCUACGGAGGAAAUUUCCAUUGGCGUUGCUGGAAAAAGCAGGGCUUGAAUAAUUCAUGGCAAGUUGUGUCAGGUCUGUUUGCCCUGCCCUACCUCAUAACCUCUCAAGAUCCUUCUUUUUACAGGUGUUUAUACUUUCAUGCACCAAAAAUCUACUUUUGCUUCUUUUUUUUGUUACAAAUGGCUCAGUGACUGUCUCCUCAGAAGUGAAAUCUAAAAACACUAUGGGGUUUUGGGAUUCCUUGCGUUUUUAGCUUUCUUUCAAAAGCUCAUUUUAUAUUCUAAGAAAAACUCUUGCAAAAAUAGUGUCUUUGGGAAAUGGCUUCCCUUCUGUUCUCUGCUGCUUAUGUGUGGUGUCACGCAAGCCUGGUGGGUGCAUAUUCACAGCAGUCAGAGUUGUGAAGGCAGCACCUGACGGCUCCACUGCAUGCUCACUCCUUCCCCACAUUGGGCACUGACAAAAAUUAUUUUUGUUAAAUGGGCCUCUGUGUCACCUUGAAGUUCUUCUGCAUUCAUCCACAAAUGCUUUCUUAUCACAGGGGAGUAAGCUGAAGCCAGCUACAUUUUUGCUGUGGGUUAAACACCAGUUGGGAAAGAAAGGAACAUCCUGUUCCUUUCAUUUUGUUUUUGGGUGUCUAGGAAGGCAUCACUAUGUUUGCCAGUGAAAAAGGAAAAAUCGCCAGACUGUAGUGUACAGUCACUCGCCUUUUGUGUAUUUGCCCCAAUUGGCGGCUGCCUCCUCUUGCACAUAUUGGGGUAUACCUCACACUAAUACACACGGCCACCAACCAAAAUGGAUGCAGCUCGAUUCUUGUGGAGAAUCCAGUUACACUUUAAACAUAUUUUUUAAACUAGAAAGUAAAAUGACAACCCUUUGAAGGCUGUUUACUGCUGUAGUCGUGAGGGGAAGGGAAGCCAUGCCUUCCUUCCCCAGACGGCUUAGGUUCCUUUCCUGGGAAAGGGAGGGUAGGGGAAUUUGGACUUGGCUGUUUUGGUGCUGCUUCUGUGCUUCAUCUUCUACAAGGUAUCUUCAGUCCAAAGACAUGCUCAGUGGUAGGUGUCUGGUCAGAAACUCACCAGCUUUGUUGUCCGCCAGCUUCUGGGCAGCUCUGGUUGGUCAUUGAUUUAAAUGGCAGGCCCCCCACCCCCAACUGAAGAACAUGGUUGGAGGUUUUUUUAUUCUGGGCCCAAAACUUGUGACUGGCUCCAAGUGUGUUCCAGUAUCUUUUUCACUCAGUUCUCAAGGGUAUCCACUGGUCUGGCAAUUCAAGCAUUAUGGGAAGAAUAAUGCUUGCUAAAAAAAUGCCUGCUCCCCUCCCCAAUGAAUCUCUUUGAGUUCAGGCAAGUGCCUUUUAUUGGAAAGAAAUUGUGCCUUUUUACUUAAUCUCCGUUUGCAGAGUGUAUAUACAGUUGUUAACUUUGGACAGAUAUUCUUUAUUGCAAUAAAGA